AUGGCCGGUUUGAAGGUGGGUGCAGGGCAGGCCUGAACGACAUAUAUUCAUACAGAAAUGUUUGUGCCGAAUAAGUGGAUUUUUAAGGCAGAAAAACUGAUAGAUUAAAUGGGCUUCAUCUUAAACUUUGUGAAAUUUAAGUAGUAAUGGUUUUAUUUUUAUCAUUAUUAAGCAGCUGGGCCUGGUCCUCGUGCUUCUCCUCGGACUCACGCGCCACCUUGCUGAGGGUAAACAUGUCUUCUUCAUCCAGACUAUAAUUUGUAACCUGCAGUUUAUUAACAGUUUUUAUUUUUUCUGUUCAGGGCUCUGCAGUGUGGAGGACUGCUCUAACACAACCAGAUGUGUUCUGUCUAAAGACCAAAGAAGCUGCAAAUGUGCUAACGGAUACUACGAGGACAAAUGUGACAAAAGUGAGGACGUUUGAUUCGCUUUAAGUUCACCAUGAAAAAGCUUAGUCAUUACAUGGGGCUGUGAAAUGCGGACACUGACGUUACAUUUGCGUGGUAUCUUCUAUUUUAUGUAUUUUUUACGAAUAAAAAAUCAGAAGAGUAAAAUAGAAAGCAUUUAUUCCUCACAAAAGCUCACAAUGUCGUUACUUGCGUCAAACUAUAGAUACACCUCCUCAAAUAACCUAUCAGUGAAUCACAAGUGAAGGUUCCUCAGCUUGAAUCUGACAGAAGAUAAAGUACAGGUGCAAUGUUUUUAAAAAAAUACUUGAAAUAGUGAAACACAGUUGUAUUUUCACUAUGCUGGAGUGCAUUCAAGAGUCUGCCAAUGUGGAACUCUUUAAUUCCAUUUAUUUAACUCUGCAGAUUGUAAGAUUUGCAGCUCAGUAAAAGGAAUAACAAACCAUAGAAUAAAAAUGACAUUUAGGUCACGAUGAGCACAGUCAACUUGUUUUUAAAUGUUUAUCUAGUCUAUAUCUAUAUGAAGGUAAAUACCCUGACAUGAUUCAUUAGGUUGGAUUGUGAAUUAAUAGCCUGGAUAAAGUUACAGUAACUAUUGAAAAUGUCACUCCACAUUAAAAAACCCUUUAACAUAAGCUCAAUAUAAAGCCUUGUUUGCUUUCAAGGGUAAGGAUUUGCUCUUCUGUCGCCAUCAUUACCACCACUUAAUGAACCUCCUGAUCUGAACAAAGUUUGCUCUAUGUUCAGCCAUGGAGAUGUACGACUUAUAGGGACAGUCAGACCACUUAGACAAAACAAAUGCGGAUCUACACGAACUGUUUGUUGUUUGUUGGUCUUUUUCAAAAUCUCAAGCAUUAAUUCACAACAUGAAUUUACUGACCUUUGUAUUUUUUUAUUUAAUAGAUGCAGACAUCAAAGUGAUUUGUGGCAAAGACUACAUCUCAAUCAGGGCCUUAGAGGAUUUCUUCAAGUAUCACAACGUGCCUCUCCAGUCUCUACACUUGCCAAACAAAUCCUGUGGUGCUCAGAUGGAGAAGAUUGACAGUGUGACCUACUACGUGUCCAGAAUCUCCAAAGACAAAUAUUUAGCAUGUGGAGGAAAACCAUUGGAGGUACAGCUGGAUUAAAAACCUACCACUUGUCCAUAUUAGCAACAUUUUUGCAGCUAUAUCAAUCAAAAGUGCCUUUUUUGUCUUUUUUCUUUUCGUACAGAAAAACUUCACUCACAUCUCGUACUCCCUGACCCUCCUGUCAGAGCCUCAGGUUACAGGGAACAUCAUCCGAGAUCCAAUCAUACAGAUGGACUUCACAUGUGUCUAUCCGUACACCAGGACAGUCAGCCUGCCUUUCCCUGUCAUUCCCUUUUCCGCGUAAGGAGGAUGAAUUACAUUAAAACCCUGAUAUUAUCCUCCUCUGGUGUAUUGAUACUUGUGUCGCCUCUUUUUGGAAAGUGAGACGGUGAUGCGUGUGGAUGAUCUUGAUGCAACAGUGCAGCUGAUGUUGUACACAGACAACUCCUACACCAAGGCUUACAGCAGCGCCCCUUCCAUUGAACUCAGAGACAAGGUAGGUCAGCGUCAAUUAACCAUUUGAAACCAGAUACCCGUCCCCUUUCUGCAAAUCUACUUGUCUCAUGUUAGUGAAAGUUUUAACAGAUCCUCUCUGCAGGUGUAUGUGGAGGUGGCUGUGACAGAGCCUGCAGAUUUCUUCCUGCUGUUGGUAGAUGAGUGUUGGGCCACACAGUUCCCUCAGCCAAACACCACAGCGGGAUCAGUUCACGCUCUGCUGCAGAACGGGUGAGAAAUCUCUCAAGAUUCAGAGUUAAAAGGACAUAUCUAGUCCCAAAAGGACUAGAUAUAAAUGAUCGAAUUAUUAGUUCUGUUGGUUGCAAAAGAAAUGCUUCACUUGGAGCAUGCACAACAUCAGGCCCUCAGACUGACAGCAAACAUGAAUUUGAGUAAAAUGAAGUACAUUGUACAGCGGGUUGUGUAUCUUGCAAUAGUAAAAUACAGUAUAUUGUUCCAUUAGAAGUAGAAGCAGAUGAGAGGAGUCUGUAAUGUGAACAUGCUUAAUUUAGCCUGUUGCUCUAUAACAGUAGAUGAGAGUAUGUGUAAUUAAAAAAGCUAGUUUACCAUUAAGUUUUAAUUAUUAAUCCAAGUGGACCACUAGGGUUUUGCUUAUUAACUCACCUACAGCAGAGUCUGGAUAUGAUACUAAAUUAUGAACACACUCCAGCCGGGAGAGCCGAAUGACUUUUCAAUCUCCUCUUGCUUUUUAAAUUGCAAUUUGUACAUGAGCCUGCAGGUUGUAACCACCUGGUAUGUUUCUGUGAAAACUUAACUCUUAUUUUGCUUAUAGUUUUUAAUCAGUAUACUGGUACAGCUGUGAGGCUGGAAAUUAGAUUUUUUAUGCACAGUCUUUAAUUUGGCUGAAAUAUGUGCAGAUGUACUGUGUAUGAACUCCACUGUUUCUCAUCACCUCCAUCUCUUUGUCCAGGUGUGUGAAAGACCAGACUGUUUCCUUUCUCAACACGACAGAGGGACAGCCGGGCCGUAAUGGGGAGAGCUCAACCAUUCAUUACAGCUUUGACAUGUUUCGUUUCACUACAGAGCCUCAUGAACUCUACCUGCACUGCACCGUUAAGCUGUGUGAGCCCGUCGACUACGAGUCCUGCACACCUGUGAGGUUUCAUCUCUUUAUCUUAGAGCACUGUCUCUCCUGGCUUUGUGUAUCAUAUCUUGUCUUGUACAAAGGAAGCUUUUAUAGUUUGUUUUUUUGUUGCCCUCAUAGAGCUGUAACUCCAUCAGUAAGAGAGAAGCUGUGAGGGCAGGACCCACCCAAGGCCUCCUGUCAUACGGACCAAUCAGGAUCGAAAUACCAGAGAGGCCUUCAUCCAGUGAGCUCUUUUUUUUUUUCUUUUUCAAAUCACUGCUGACGUACUCUUCUCUGCAGUUACUGCUGAGUCACACUUCAAGCUGACUUUGUCUAGCCAAAGCCAGUCUCUUACCCAUGAAUGGUAGUGUUUGAGUAUAUCGUAUCUCCCGAUGACUCCUACUGGCUCUGGCAGAUAACUGUAUCUCUUAACGCCUGCACUUCUUACCAGCAAAAUUACUCAAUAAUCUCUCAAACAAAUGACAGCACAACCUCGAAAUCCAAAAUAUCUUUACACACAGUUCUCAUUUGAUACCUUAUUUGACUCAAAUACUUUGUUGGUACUCUGCAGAGUGCCUCUUGUGUGCAAAUAUUGGUUGUAAAUGUUGAGGAUGUGUUGACAGGAUGUCUCCUGUAGAUCUCGUGUUACGUACCGUACUCUUCAACACCUUUUUCAUCUGUUUGGUCACUCUUACUGGCCUGUGUUGAAUCUCAAAGAAGUCCGUCCAUUCACCCUCUGAGAUUUUGUUCAGAUAAGACCUACCUACCCAAAUACCAUCAAUGUGGUGUUGUUCAGAUGACUGCGAAUUACAGUAGAUCUCCUGCCAUGGACAUGUGAAAUGGUCUAUAUGGUGGUAGAGGUGAAGUAUUUCAGUUUUGCAGUGAAGUAGUUUGAUAUAAAUCAGUCUUUCAAUAGCUGUCCAGUAUGUUAAGAUUUAUAAAGUAAGUUUUGUUUUUAUUUCAGGUUAAAUCAAUAACAGUGUUUGUUUUGUUUUUUUGCAGCACAAUGUGUUGUUGUGUUUGCUGAUAUUAAAGCACUGAAGUUUUGAGUUAUCAGCACAGGCAAAAAGCAACCCCGCAAGCUUGAUCAAAGUUUAUAAUAAUCCCAGUUUUACCUUUUUUUUAUUUUCAUUCAAAGGUGAAACUUUUUCAACUCGACUAGAUUUUUAUAGUUUACAAUAACUUGACUUUCUUUCAGGUGUGCUGAUGACGGUGGUGCUGCCUGUAGCAGGCGUGUGGAGUGUGGGCUUCUUCCUCGUCAUCCUCAUCUCUGUGGCGAAAGCAGGCAACAGGAGGCUCACGCACACAGAGGAGAUCAGGCUGUAA